AUGGCGAUAACUAAAUAACUUUUUAAAAGCCAAUUAGCUAUCAUUCGUAUUAAAAACUUAUCUGAAGCAGCUGAAUUGAUAAAAGCAGCUGUCAGUAUUUUUAAAAACUAUUUUGAGUUCAGUUUGAAUCUCAAAGUCACCCCUUAUUCACCCUAUUAGGAAAGUUCACGUUGA